AAGGAUUUAAUGGCUCUUCUGCUCUUCCCCAUUUGCAUGUCACCUUCUGGUUUUCUGAAUGUUUUCUACUAAAGAUGUGUUUUUUGCCUUCUGGGUCUUCAUGUUUUGGUAUUGGGGUUCCUGUUUCAUAAAUACCCAAAUCAUUUUUGUGAUGUUAGCUCUCUGGAUUCAUGUGUUUUUAUGGGUAUUUUCUAUCAAAAAUGUGGUUUUGCCUUCUGGGUCUCUCUGUUUUUCUAUUGGGUGCCCUGCUUCAUAAAUUCCCACAUCAUAGCUCUCUGAAUUCUAGAGAGGGAAGCAGUCAAGAUUCCAAGCUUGAAUUCUCUGAAGAUGAGGAAACCCUGAUCACUAGGAUGUUCAAUCUGGUUGGAGAGAGGUGGUCUCUGAUUGCUGGGAGAAUUCCUGGAAGAACGGCAGAGGAAAUUGAGAAGUACUGGACUUCAAGAUAUUCAUCAAGUGAAUGAAAGGCCAGAAAAGAGGGGGUGGUGUUUUCUUGGUUACGGCAGGAAAAUUUUGGGGGUUGUAAGAAAGUUUAGCUGUUUGGUAUUUAUCACUUUUCUUUGAUCAAGAGUAAAAAGAGAAGUGUAGUGUGGAGUUUUAGCUAUAAUUAGUGCUUGUACAAUGUUUUCUUGAUAUUUCCAUGGUGGUUUGGUGUUUGGAUUUGCAAUCUUACCAUCUCUGAUGAGCAA